CCCCCAUCCCAAGGCACUUCCCUCCCUUCUUCUCCCCCAGGCUACCCUAUCACUCAACCUCACUUCUCUUCUCCCCACAUCACCAAUCAACAAGGACAAUAAAUCAUGGCAAGCGAAAUCAGACGCAAACUCGUCAUCGUCGGCGACGGUGCAUGCGGAAAGACUUGUUUGCUCAUUGUCUUCUCUAAGGGAACAUUCCCCGAGGUGUAUGUCCCGACCGUGUUUGAGAAUUACGUUGCCGAUGUCGAGGUGGACGGAAAGCACGUCGAGCUGGCGCUUUGGGAUACCGCCGGCCAGGAAGAUUAUGACCGUCUGCGUCCCCUCUCCUACCCAGACUCGCACGUCGUCUUGAUUUGCUUCUCGAUUGAUUCGCCCGAUUCGCUCGACAACGUUCAGGAAAAGUGGAUUUCUGAGGUGAUGCACUUUUGCCCCAAUCUGCCCAUCAUCCUUGUUGGCUGCAAGCGCGACUUGCGCCACGACCACAAGGUGAUUGAGGAGUUGCGCAAGACAAACCAAGCACCCGUCACGACGGAGGAAGCCGAGUCGGUUGCAAAGAAGAUUGGCGCCGUCAAGUACCUCGAGUGCUCAGCCAAGGUGAACGAAGGUGUGCGUGAGGUCUUUGAGCAUGCUACACGUGGUGCCAUGUUGGCAAAGACGUCAAAGAAGUCCAAGAAGUGCGAUAUUCUCUAGAUGCACCUUCUCUGGCUUCUUUCUCUUUCGUUCUUUCUUGUUGUCUAUGGAAUUUGUCCAUGCUCGAAGGGAUGGUGAAGAGGAAUCAUGAGGCAGGAUCACCAACAACCGAGGCAACUAAAGGCCCCCACUUGAGUGGUUCUCUGGACUCUUUUCUCGUCUCUUUUGUGUGUGUGUUGCGCUAUGGAUGGAGAUGUUGUGUGCUUUUGCGGUCUUACACUUUUUUACUGGUCUUUCAUCUCGUCUUGCU